GCUUAGCACAAAACAUAAGUGGGAUGUUCGAAACUCAAGAUACGGUUGCUCCUACUAAUAAUAAAACCAAAGCCCAUAAACCUAACGGCAAUAGUAAAAAAGCUAAAAAAGAAAAACAAGUUUAUCACAAUGCACCUAUCAAUGUUGAUGAUAAUGAUCCAACUUUAUUAGAAAAAAAUAUUGAGCCGUUAUCAGUAUCUAGCAGUUCGAAUAUUCAAAGUAAGUGA